CGACAAUGUGAUAGGAGCAGGAACUGUCAGCGCUGGUUCCUACGUGGCCACCACUACUCCUCGGUUCUAGCCCACCAGCACUAGCCUAGUUUACCUGAAUAUAUCACACUUAUAUCUCUCUGUGUGCCCCAUCAGUAUCUGCAUUUGAAGGGCACUCCAACGGUUUCUCCCCAGCUUCCAUCCACUCUGCUCCGUACCAACUGUCAAGAUGACGAUAAACCAUGACCAGGAGACCCAGAAUGGUCAAAAGAGUACUGUUUCCAGCCUGGUCAAUGGCCGGAAGAAGUCACCUUUACUGGUCAUGACGGCCGCUCCAGCGACGGGACAUACAGCCCCAGCUGUCCACGUCGCCCGAGAGAUGGUGAAACGCGGAUUCGAAGUUAUUUUUAUGUCGGCUUUGGAGUUCAAAGACAGUAUUAUCAAGGUGGGGGCCGAAUUCUACGAGAUGUCGUCGCUUUGGCCCGAAGGGACUUUGGAAGAGCGAGAGAAGUUUCCAGUCGGAUUCCCCAGACUGGUGUUUGACCUUGAGAAGAUUUUCACCGACCGACUGCCUUCUCGGUCGGCCAAUCUGCGGUCCCUUCUCGAGAUGGUUAAGCAAAGAGACCCGUCUCGCCAGAUAAUCAUGGUGGCCGAGACGUGCUCCAUGGCUGUGCUCCCUUUCAUGUACGGUGCUCCUCUACCGAAGGGAUAUACCAAGUUUCCUAAGGUCAUCAACAUCAACGUAAUCCCGCUGCCAGUCGGCAGUAUCGACACAGGGCCUUUUGGCCCCGGCCUACCCCCCGACUCCACAGAAAGCGGACGAGCGAGAAACAAGCUCAUUGCCCAGUUAAUGGAGCAGGGCCCCUUCAAGGGUGCCAUAGAGCACCACAAGCACGUCCUUGACUCCCUCGGCUGCAAAGACUUGACGGCAGGCCACAUGUUCGACAAAUGGGUCGAAUCGUACGACACCACCUUCCAACUGUGCAGUCCGAGCCUCGAAUACCCACGCUCCGACCUCCACCCCUCCAUCCGCUUCGCCGGCGCCCUGCCCAAGAAGGGCAUCGACCCGACAUACCCCUAUCCAGCCUGGUGGUCCAUAAUCACUUCCAACUCUGCCCUCCCACCCAACUCUGCAGAUCGAAAGAAAGUCAUCCCCAUCGCCCAGGGAACCAUAGCAACGGACUACACAGAGCUCAUCAUCCCCGCUAUCAACGCCCUUUCCCCCCGGCAGGACGUCCUCCUUAUCGCCAUGCUCGGCAUCCGCGGUGCUAGUCUACCCCCCGAUUUUGUCAUCCCGGAAAACACUUUCGUGGUGGACUACCUCCCCUACGACGCAGCGCUCGAGCACGCCAACGUAUUCGUCACGAAUGGUGGGUACGGCUCGCUCAUGCACGGCGUGAAUAACGGCGUGCCAAUGGUCAUGGCCGGAGUGACGGAGGACAAGGCCGAGGUUUCGGCAAGGGCGGAGUGGGCCGGGUUGGCCGUGAACUUGAGGACGCAAAGGCCCACGGAGGCGUCGAUUGGGGAGGCGGUGGGGAGGGUUUUGAGGGACAGUGGUUUUAAGGAGAGGACCGAGAGGGUCAGGAGGGAGAACAGAGAUUUGGAUUGUUUGGGGAUCAUUGAGAGGGAGGUUUGGGCGUUUGCUAAGGGUUGAUUUAGGUUCGAAAAGGGGAUGGCUUCAGCAAGAUUCCAGGGAUAUGUGUAUGCCGGCCGUGAUGGCAAAAGAGGUAGGCUUGAUCAUGCACUUCAUCACGGAAGCGGUAGUUUCUUGGGGCAUCUGCCACAUUAUUGAGGUCUAAGUUAUGGGAGAGACCCUGGGACAUAUGUGAAAAGUAACACAAGAGCACGCAAUACUUCACCUCAGGUUCUG